AUGGCAAUGAAGAAGCUCUUGUGGGUUGUUCUGUCUCUUUCUUUGGCUCUUGGAGUGGCCAAUAGCUUUGAUUUUCAUGACAAGGAUUUGGCGUCCGAGGAAAGCUUGUGGGACUUGUACGAGAGGUGGAGGAGUCACCACACGGUCUCGCGAAGCCUCGGUGAGAAGCACAAACGGUUUAACGUGUUCAAAGCAAAUGUGAUGCAUGUCCAUGACACUAACAAGAUGGAUAAACCUUACAAGCUGAAACUGAACAAGUUCGCAGACAUGACCAACCAUGAAUUCAGGAGUACCUAUGCUGGCUCAAAGGUUAAUCACCACAUAAUGUUCAGAGGCACGCCACGUGGGAACGGGACCUUCAUGUAUGAGAAGGUUGGUACUGUUCCUCCCUCUCUGGAUUGGAGGAAGAAAGGUGCUGUGACUGAUGUAAAAGAUCAAGGCCAAUGUGGUAGCUGCUGGGCGUUUUCAACUGUUGUAGCUGUUGAAGGCAUUAACCAAAUCAAGACAAAUAAGCUGGUCACCUUGUCUGAACAAGAGUUGGUGGACUGUGACAAGGAACAAAACCAAGGAUGCAAUGGUGGGUUAAUGGAAUCUGCUUUCGAGUUUAUCAAGCAGAAGGGAGGCAUAACUACAGAAAGCAAUUACCCUUACACAGCACAAGAAGGAACCUGUGAUGCAUCAAAGGAGAAUGAUCUAGUUGUGUCAAUUGAUGGCCAUGAGAAUGUCCCUGCUGACGAUGAAAAUGCAUUGCUUAAAGCUGUUGCCAACCAACCUGUUUCUGUAGCCAUUGAUGCUGGGGGAUCUGAUUUCCAGUUCUACUCUGAGGGAGUAUUUACUGGUGAUUGUAGCACGGAUCUAAAUCAUGGUGUAGCGAUUGUGGGGUAUGGAACAACUGUUGAUGGGACUAAUUACUGGAUAGUGAGGAACUCCUGGGGACCAGAAUGGGGAGAACAGGGUUACAUAAGAAUGCAAAGGAAUAUAUCGAAAAAGGAGGGACUUUGUGGCAUAUCCAAGUUGGCUUCCUACCCAAUCAAAAACUCCUCUGAUAAUCCAACAGGAUCUUUCUUAUCUCCAAAAGAUGAACUUUGA